AUGGCGAAAGACAAAGAGAAGAAAACGAAGGAUACCUUGAAAAAUCCCAAAGGCACAAGAGACUGGUCCGAUCAAGAUUCUAGCCUCCUCAAUGACAUCUUCCACCGAAUAAGAACCGUCCUCAGCCGGUACGCCACCCAAUUAGACACCCCCGUUUUCGAGCUUGCCGACGUCCUCAAGGGCAAAUAUGGCGAAGACUCCAAAUUGAUCUAUGACCUCGCAGAUCAGGGCGGGGAGAUGUUGUCCUUACGAUAUGAUUUGACAGUCCCGUUCGCCAGGUGGCUAGCCAUGCACCCGGAAGUGAGAGAAUACAAGCGCUUCGCCAUUGGAAAGGUGUACAGAAGAGAUCAACCUGCCAUUGCCAAGGGCCGGAUGCGGGAGUUCUACCAAUGCGAUGUUGACUUUGCUGGAUCAGGAUCUUCCACGAUGUGGGACUCUAAGAUUGUGGCCAUUGUGGUCGAAGUGUUCGAGGCUUUGGAGUGGCAAGGACAUUACACGAUCAAGCUCAAUCACCGAAAAAUCCUAGAUGGCAUCUUUGAGGUCUGCGGAGUUCCCGAGGACAAAAUCCGGGCAAUAUCUAGCGCUGUAGACAAGCUGGAUAAAUCGCCUUGGGAGAAGGUGCGCACGGAAAUGGUGGAGACCAAGGGCUUGGACGAGGCAGUCGCAGACAAGAUUAGAACAUAUGUUGUACAAAGAGGCGAGAAAUGGGAGGGCAGCAAGCAGCUUCUGGACACUUUAAAGAAGGACGAGGCUCUGCAGGCCAAUGCGAAGGCGAAGCAAGGCAUCGACGAAAUGGAUGUGAUAUUGCGCAUACUCGAGGUCUUGGGCGCACACCGUGAUAUUUCAUUCGACCUCUGCCUAGCACGUGGACUCGAUUACUACACCGGCAUUAUCUACGAGGUCGUGACCGAAGGCUCAGCUCCGGCCACAGUGAACGGUGGUGACGCCCAGCAAGUGCAACGCGAAGGCAAAAGUAAGAAAGCGAAGAAGGAUCUAAAAGAAGACGACGAUCGCUCAGACGAUCCGUCAGUCGGUGUGGGAUCGGUCGCCGCUGGUGGGCGAUACGACAAUCUGGUCGAACGUUUUCUACCCGGUUCCGACAUGCAAUGCGUUGGUGUGAGCUUUGGUGUAGACCGCAUCUUCAGCAUCACCAAGGCUCGAAUAGCGCAAGGCCAAAAAUUCACCUAUGUCUCCUCGACCGCCACAGACGUGUACAUCAUGGCUUUCGGCGGCAAGGACUUCAGCGGCAUGAGCGCCGAGCGGUUACUCAUUGAGCAAAUGCUUGCACGAGCUGGGCUCAAGGUCGAAUAUUCGGCGAAGGAGCGACCAAAGCCACAACUACAGUUCAAAAACUCGGAGAAGUAUGGCGCCAAAUACGCCGUGAUUCUUGGUGAAGAUGAGCAGGCCCGAGGGGAGGUCCGAGUCAAGCAGUUGGGUCUUCCAGAUGGUCAUCCCGAGAAGGAGGGCGUGUUGGUCAAGAUGGAGAAUCUCGUCUCUGAGGUGACAGUACGAAUCAAGGGCCUAGCAGUCACGGAACAGGUCAAAGGCUUGGACGUGAUUGAAUAA